AUGGCGGCAGCUGCCCUAAAGUGGAACGCCCUCGCAGUCAUGAACGGCGGUAAUCAGUUUCACAUCCAGCAAGGUUCUACCAGUACCAACUCCAGAGAAAGCGGUACCAGUGCAUCUGGCCGUCCGGCUCUUCAGAUUCCGAAUCGGGGCUCCUACUGCCGGCUGCUUGGUGGAUCUCCUUUCAGUCCUGCUAGUCCUCAGAUGAGCCCCACCAGGACGACAGGUCACACGUUUGUUUUCCCACCCUCCCCUCGGGCUCGCUCUCCGUCGCCUCGGUGCCGGGAGCUUCUCGGGGUCAACGUGGGCCAAAGGGUCCGACGACUCAGUUCGCCUGGCGCCGGCGAGGAAGAGGAGGAGUCGUCGAAGGGAGGAGAGAAGCAAGAGGAGCGCAGACGACAAGCGCAGCUGCUGCAGAUUCAUAAAGAGCUGCAAAACGUUGAGGUCAAGGGGAAAGUGGGCAUUUUCGAGGCUCACAUAUCUGGGAUUCGUGCCCAGGUGCUCAACAGCGAGCUCCAACGCAGCCCUCGGUCUCCGAGACGAGUGUCGGGCCAAGUCCCGCCCCCUCCCGGCCCCGGCGGUGCAGCCCUUGAAUGCUCAAUGACCCAGGCCCGCCAGAGUCAAGUUCCUCCCGUUGUCCAAAAUGGGAGAGAAGACGAGGAUGAAGAAAGUAGCGCCGUUCAAAUAAAAACACUGUCCGUCCAAAACGGCUGCCGGUCAGAAACUAUAGAAUCCCCCCUUCCAGAUGGACAGCUCCUCGUCCGGGGUCCCUCGGGAGCUGAUCCUGCCAAAGAUGGAGGGAUAGAAAAGGACAGCGAGGUGAAGGAAAACAAACAAACACCGAGAGAUGACGGAGACUCAAGGGAGAGAGAAGUGAGCACGGAACGCCAGUCUUGCCCUCGCACGGACGCCGACAUGCUGCGAGCUCACCCGGAUACCCCCGCCGUCCUGCCUUCCAUCCCAGCGGUCAUCAUCACCGACCACGGACUGGAGAGUCACCUCCAAGCCCCAGGGGGCACACCGAGCCCUGCUUCCAGCCCUAGCAUGGCGGCUCGUGCCCUCAGGAAGCUGUCUUCGUCCUCGGCCUCGUCCGCAGGCUUCUCCUCGUCGUGGGAAGAGUCGGAAGAGGAUAUUUCCGACACGGAAAGAGGAGGGCAACUUCUCACCCCGGCGCAGCUCAGCUCUCGACAGAAAGCGCACAAGUCAUGGAAGAAGAUCAAGAACAUGGUUCAUUGGUCGCCGUUCGUCAUGUCAUUCAAGAAGAAAUAUCCUUGGAUACAACUGGCGGGGCAUGCAGGGAGCUUCAAGGCAGGAGCCAACGGCCGCAUUUUAAAAAAACACUGCGAGUGCGAGCAGAGAUGUCUGUCCCUCCUGAUGCGGGAUGUGCUGUGUCCGUAUGUACCUGGUUACCAUGGCGAUGUGGAGAAGGACGGCCAAAAAUACAAUCAGAUGGAGGACCUGCUGGCUGAGUUUGACUGUCCGUGUGUGAUGGAUUGCAAGAUGGGAGUGAGAACAUAUCUGGAGGAAGAGCUAACCAAGGCCCGCAAGAAGCCCACCCCGCGACCGGACAUGUACCAGAAGAUGGUGGAGGUGGACCCUGAGGCGCCGUCGGCCGAGGAGAACCAGAAAAAAGCGGUCACCAAGCCCCGUUACAUGCAGUGGCGGGAAACCAUCAGCUCUACCGCCACGCUAGGCUUCCGCAUUGAAGGAGUCAAGAAAGAAGACGGCACGGUCAACAGAGAUUUUAAGAGGACAAAGACGCGAGAGCAAGUCAUGGCGGCCUUCAACGAUUUUGUCAAAGGCAACAAAGACAUUCUGACUGGCUACUUAACCAGGCUGAAGGAAAUCCGAAGCACCCUGGAAACUUCUCCUUUCUUCAAAACUCACGAGGUGAUCGGAAGCUCCCUGUUGUUCGUCCACGACAGCAAAGGCAGAGCAAAAGUGUGGAUGAUCGACUUCGGCAAGACAAUGGCGCUCCCCGAGGGCGAGGAGUUGGACCACCGGGCGUCCUGGCAGGAGGGCAACCGGGAGGACGGCUACCUUUUCGGACUGGACUGUCUGGUGGACAUCAUUUCCACAGUUCUGGACUCUGAAACAUGA